CGACAACGAUGAAUAGUCUAUUAUUUUUUACAUUCAGUCAAAUCUGAGUUUGAUCCUUGAUCUUCGAAAUAUUCUUCGAUAGAUUGACAAUUAAAAGGUGAAAUUUUCUUUGUAUCGCUGCAAAACGUUUUGCUUUAUAGUCUUCGCGUUUAGUAUUUGGUUAUGAGUGCCAAAACUAUAAACAGCAGUAUCGGAUGUAAUUCGUCGCAAAGCAGGACAGGAUCAAUAUCUGGCCAAAGUGCAGACAAACAGGCGAGGAAAAGUCCCGCUAAUGGACAGAUAAGCGAAGCGAACAAGAAAGGAACAGUAGCAAGUCAACGUUACGAUUCCUAUAGAAUAGCAUUCUAUGGUACCCCGGCUGAGAAAGAAGCAUAUAGGUGAGACGUGAAAAUUUGUUACAAAAAGUGUUAAUUAUUGUCAAUUAUUUUAUGCUGCAUGAUGCAUAAUUAAUUGUGUAAAAUUGCAGACGUCUCGUUAAUACAGAUAUAUUUGCAUGUUUCGAAAAAUAUCUAACAUGAAUCUAACCACUUAUCAGUAUUCCUAUGAUGUUAAUUUCAAGAGCAUAAUAAUAAACUUUAAAGACCAGUUCAAUCAAGAACAACGUGCUGGUCCAAGAACUAGCUACUUAAAGAGGCUCUCAAGUCUGUAAUGUAAACAAACGCUUUGUUUACAUUUUGAACUCAGUGCUACAGUUGUAAAAUAUGAUUAGAUAUAUAUUAUACUAAAUUUUAAACACUUUCUGGUUCGCUAUGCUUGUAAAUGAAUACAGACUAGAGAUUCAAUUCACUGAAGUUCAAAAUAUACGAAAUGUUAAUAACAUUUCAACGGUCGGGUCUCGGCCAUUGGAAUGUAAGCCUGCGCAGAACAUAUGAGCAGAACGGACUUGACAGCCUCUUUAACAGAAAGGAUCCAGUUCGGGAGUCGCUUGCAGUCAGAGUUGACAUUCUUAUCACUCAUAUAAAAUGUAUUUUUUGCAGGUGCAUUUGGUUGCAGUUGUUGAUUGGGUUAGAUUUCGGGUGCACUCCCGGCUCUUUUAAUUGCCACAAAUGAUUUUGGCAACCCCCCUUUCAUGCUGAAAGCACUUUAAAGGCCCCCCUUCUAACCAUAAAUUGUUUUGUCAACCCCCCCAAAUUUUCCUCCAGCCCCCCUAAUUUUUCUCCAGCCCCCCUGGUCCUUAAUUAAUGAACGGUCCCUAAUGUGUUGGUGAAUAUGUUAAUAUACAGGCGUCUAAUAAAUAACAAGGGGUAAUUAGCAUUAGGGUAAAAGACAUUAAUAUACUUUUAAGUGAAAAUGUGUGUUUGAGAAACAAAUCAAAUGAGUGGUUACUUCGUAAAAAAAACUUUUCCUAUGCUUUUUACUUGUAUAUACACAGUAUAUAUGAUUGCUCAUAUGGUUGGGAUGCAUUACAGAAGCAUUCUGUAAAAACGGAAGUAGACUGCAUGCUUCAUGGCUCACAAAAACAUUCCGCACACACAAAAACACAAAGGUUUGAAUGACAUUUUGUUUCCAUAGGUUAACAGCAAUUAUUUAUUAUGUUGUCUUCUACAAAGCUGGUCAAAACCAAAUGCAAAAAGUAUGCUAAACUUUAGCUCUUGGCCUAAUUCUCAUCAGUAUUGCAAUUGAAUGGAGAAUUUUGAAACAAAAAAAUUAUGCAAACUAACUAUAAAUGUUGAAAAAAAAUUCUAGAAAUUUGGUUUUAGUAGAAACUUUACGAUUUCCAAGCCUAAAGAUAAAAUAAACUAUAAUAUUUUAAGGGGGGGAUUUCCGAAGGGGGCCGACCAUAUUUUUUAGGAAAUAUGGCCGGGGGGGAUUUCCUAGGAAAUUUUAGGGCCAAAUUUUCGGGGGGGGGCACCAAAUUUCCUGUGACACCAGAACCAAUUUUUUAAGUUUAGGUUCCCCUUGGAACCGGAUCUGGCUGGAACUGGAAAACAUUUCCGGCCGGAACUGAUUCAUUAAGCGAUAUAUGGUCAUCACUUGAGGGGGGUGUGGGGGAUGUGACACCCCCCCCCCCAAAGCACAAAUCAUCUGGAUUGGCAGGGCAAAUAAUUUGGAUUGGCAGGGCAUUAUGAAAGAUUUUAAAAAAGAGUUAUUAAGUAGCUUCCAGGGCUUCCAGAGGGAAUUGAAUAGAAUAAAUAAGGGUUUCAUGCAUGUUUUCACAGGAAUUUGUCCGAAAACCCUUAAUUUAAUAUUUGUCCGGAAAAAAUUUUUCGACCUCCCCUCCAUUUUUGGGUCGAGAAAUGGUGGCCAAAAAAUUUUUUGCUGCAGGGCAUCAUCGGCUUUUGCAGGGCAAUUCUAGCAGACACCCCCCUAAUUAAAAGAGGCUAGUUUCACCCCUGAUGAUCAUAUGUUACUUUGUCUGCUGCCAGACAGUCAGACAUGAGACAUGUUCAGUCAUCAAGGAGAGAAACUCACAAAUGUUACAAUAAAGAUUGACUUGGUCAUAAUGAAGUGCUAAUAUUUAGUGUACAUUUUUCUUGUGUAGUCCAAAUGUCUUCCUGUGCUAUUCAAUAAAUAAAUAAACUUGAUAUUUUCCCCGAGCCGACGGCGCGAAGCGCCGUGCGAGGGUACUAAUUCCCCCCGGCUAUUUACACCCGGGGAAACAAAAGCAUUAGGGAAGUCUAAAGUUCAUCAAUUAUCGCGGGCGUGGGUGACCAACGAUGGGUGGUCUCCUCACUGAUCUCAAAAAUAUGGCGGACUGUCAUGAAUAGCGGACACUGAUUGGUCCAAUUUAAAGUUUGCAUUAUAACGACUGCAUGACGACAGCGAAAUAGCAAACAUUUCUUGAUUUGAUGAUUGAUGAAUUGUUUGCUCGCAUUUUUGCCAUAUUUUGUAAAUUUCAAAAGUUUCCUCGUACAGAAAGGGCGAAAGAAUCGGCUAAAAGAAGGGAGCCGACGUUAACGAAGGUAAGUUUGUUUUAAAUAUUGAUUUUAUAAUGGUUUAAAACCCGACGGCCUUUGCGUAUAUGAAACAACCUGAAACAAGACAGCAUAUAAUUUCAGUGUAUCUUUAAUAUUGAUUCCCUUUUUUAUGUAUAGAAUUUUUUAAAUAGAAAAGAAAGCAAUUUAUUUGCAAGCGAGAAUUUGAAAUCAUUUUAUUGCAAACUCGAAGUUUAUCGAUAAUGCCAUUUAAUUAAAGGCUGUUUUAACAGGGGCGCCGGAGCCACGGGGGCAGCGGGGGCAACUACCCCCAUUGCCCGAACAGUGCGGGGGUAGUUGCCCCCGUGCGUUAUUCACAGGAAUUGGAAUUUAUAACUAUUUUUAAGCAAUGUUUAAGCAAUGUUUUAAGCAAUGUUUAUGCAGUCUUUACUUAAUUUGUAACUAGUUGCAGUAAAAUUAAUGCUAAAUCAAGUAAGAUACUUUCGUUUACUGAUUUUAUUUUGCACCUUCAACAGGGUUUUAAAAUAGCCGCCGGCAGCUUUAGGACCUUGCCGGCAAUUUUCAAUUUCAGAGCAUAGGGAUCGGCAACCGCAUACUAUAACGAAGCUGUUGUCGACUCCAUGGAUCUGUGGCCAAUGCUCUGGAUGAUAGAGCUGGGGGGGGCACGAGAACUAUGGGCACUGGUCGAGCUAGUGUCUGCUACCCGUACGGCAAUGCUUCCAGUCUGCGAGUCGUUCAUCUCGUACUUGCGUGUAGUCAAAACUGGCUGGCGCAACAGGUUGAACGAACGCAACUUGACUGAUUUAAUGCGCAAUAAAGUGACAGGUCCAACCCUGAACGUUUUCCGUGAGCGAUUUUGUGAGCUUGCUGUGGACCUCUGUAAUAGUGAUAAAUCACGGAGGAGACCCAGGGGAACCAAAAGCAAUAUGCUGCAAGAGGAAACGCAUCAAAAAGGACAAGAGGGAAGAAUUCCUUACAGAUUGGUUGAAAGACGUUGGAGCUGUGGGCGAACAGGAAUCGGAGAGUGAGGAAAAUGAAGAGGAGAUGGAAGCUGAUUUAUCGAAGAAGUUGCCACAGAACAGGUCAAGAAACCCCACUAGUUGCUUCUGCUCAGUGGGAGUUGUCGGACAGCUCCGGAAGACAGGGUCGUGA